GGCCAUUCAUGGCCUCUUCUGUCAAUCACCAGGUCCCGGCCAGUGAUUUCUCACCGGCACCUGGUGAUCGCCGAGUAUCUCUGACGGGGGAGAGACCUGUGUAUAAACAACACAGAUCUCUCCCCAUCAGCUCAAGCACACUGCUUUAUAUGGCUCUGUAUAGCAGAGCCAGUGGAAAGCAUAAACACAGCAUACCGUGAAACAGCACACAGUUAACCCUUUGAUCACCCCAUAUGUUAACCCCUUCCUGCCCAGUGCCAUUAGUACAGUGUCAAUGUUUUUUAUUAGCACUGAUCACUGUAUUGGUGUCACUGGGGAUGUCAGUGACACCAAGUCAGUUCCCCCCAGUGUCAGAAUGCCCACCGCAGUCCCACAGUCCUGCUAUAAGUCGCUGA